AUGAAAAAACGACUGGAAAUUGAUUUGGAACUACCCAAAGACAGAGAUCCUGUCAGUUCCAAUGAUGUGGACGUCAAGCAACUCGCUAAAGACCAAGACGCGCUACAAAUCGCCAACAAAAUGGAGGCACAACGAAUAGCCGAGCGGGAUGCUCGUCGUGGCGAUCACUAUGACAAAUUGGUGCCUAAACUUUCUGAGUGGUGGAUGAAGCAAUUGUAUUCAGGAGAGGCGGUCAACCAAGCGCUGCAAAGAAUGGACCGUAUUCAAACGGGUAAUCCUUUAUUUGCAGCCUGGGAUGAACGAUACCCUGGCGCAUGGAAUCAGCCAUGCCUACGAUACGAUGCCUUGUUCAACGACUUUAUGGGCACAUCAACAUGCUAUGAGAGAUUUAUUCAGAUAUUUCAUUAUCUCAAUUCUGAUAACACACAGCUGGCCCAAUACCUCAUCUCUUCAUUCGAUCUCUCCACAAUUGAGGAUAAAGUUGCUGAGGAUGUCUGGUCACUUCAAGUUCUUGCAAUACAAAUUUCUUUGCAGAACCCUUUCUCAUUUUUUGGCAUUGAAGAAUUUGAAGAGAAACUGCACAACAAUCAAUUCUUUGAUGGUGCCAAGUCGGAUCCACGACUUCGCCUCAAAAAUCCGUUGAUUGGCUUUUGGUUGAUCUGCUCUGAACUAUUUGAUUAUCCAUGGGCGACUACAUUUGAUGACAAUUACUACAAUGAUCCACCUUCGUCUAUCAUAUGA